AUAUGUAUCUAUAUACUUAUUUUUUUUUCGCGUGAAACACCAACUCAAUUCAAAGAAAUAUUUAAAAGAAAAGCUGAUAACGUCUUAGGUUCAUUCGUCAGUCGUAGUCCUACCGACAAGCCGGCAAGACAUAUUCUGCUAAUCUUUGCGAAGGUUCAGUAAAACAAAACCAAAUUAGCCAAAAUGUGUGACGACGAUGCUGGAGCGCUGGUCAUCGACAACGGAUCCGGAAUGUGCAAGGCCGGUUUCGCUGGUGAUGAUGCCCCACGUGCUGUCUUCCCAUCCAUUGUCGGUCGCCCACGUCACCAGGGUGUGAUGGUCGGUAUGGGUAACAAGGACUCGUACGUCGGUGAUGAGGCCCAGUCCAAGCGUGGUAUCCUCACCCUGAAGUACCCAAUUGAGCACGGUAUCAUCACCAACUGGGAUGAUAUGGAGAAGAUCUGGCAUCACACCUUCUACAAUGAACUGCGUGUUGCCCCAGAGGAGCAGCCAGCUCUGCUGACCGAAGCCCCCCUGAACCCUAAGGCUAACCGUGAGAAGAUGACUCAGAUCAUGUUUGAGACCUUCAACCUGCCAGCCAUGUAUGUUGCCAUCCAGGCUGUCCUGUCCCUGUACGCCUCCGGUCGUACCACCGGUAUCGUUCUGGAUUCCGGUGAUGGUGUCUCCCACACCGUCCCAAUCUAUGAAGGUUAUGCUCUGCCCCAUGCCAUCCUUCGUCUGGAUCUGGCUGGUCGCGAUCUGACCGCUUACCUGAUGAAGAUCCUGACCGAGCGCGGUUACUCUUUCACCACCACCGCUGAGCGUGAAAUCGUUCGCGACAUCAAGGAAAAGCUGUGCUAUGUCGCUCUGGACUUCGAGCAGGAAAUGGCCACCGCCGCCGCUUCCACUUCCCUCGAGAAGUCCUAUGAACUUCCCGACGGUCAGGUCAUCACCAUCGGUAACGAGCGUUUCCGUGCCCCAGAAGCCCUGUUCCAGCCUUCCUUCCUGGGAAUGGAAUCUGCCGGUAUCCACGAAACCGUCUACAACUCGAUCAUGAAGUGCGACGUCGACAUCCGUAAGGAUCUGUACGCCAACACUGUCCUGUCCGGUGGUACCACCAUGUACCCAGGUAUUGCCGAUCGUAUGCAGAAGGAAAUCACCGCCCUUGCCCCAUCCACCAUCAAGAUCAAGAUCAUCGCCCCACCAGAGCGUAAAUACUCCGUCUGGAUCGGUGGAUCCAUCCUGGCUUCCCUGUCUACCUUCCAGUCGAUGUGGAUCUCCAAGGAGGAAUACGACGAAUCCGGCCCAUCCAUUGUCCACCGCAAGUGCUUCUAAGUUACUUCCCCGCAAAGGGACGCAGUUUAAAGCAUCGGAAGCAGUCGGUUCAACAACAUUUCGAGCCGCUGCAGGUUGAAUACGCUUACGCAACACCAACAGCAGCAGCAGCAAUAACACCAGCAAGCAUCGAGAAAAUUACUAACAUCAUCAUCAUACAAUGUUAUCUGAUAUGUGAUUCAACAAUAUUUGUGUAAAUAAUUUUCUGUUCACAACACGGACCAUUAUCUUUAUGUUUUGAGGUUCUUUUAGCGAAUAAAACUAAGACUAUUUACCGCGAAAUUGUAAACCAAUGAACUAGAUGACACUCUGGCAAAAUUUGAGACGAUCGAAAGCUAACAUCACAAAAACACGCGAUCGAACAACAUAUCAUUCUAUUACAAAAAGGCGUCGACAUCAACACCAAACUAUUUUUGUUAUAAUUUAUAAAUAUUUAUUAAAUAAUUAAUACAAAAACUGAAACAAAAACCUAAA